AUGGAAACUACUCAGUAUUCCACACCAACAGCACAGGAACAACGUACUCAAGAAGCAUCAACAGGUCGUCUGUUAGCUACAACCAUGGAAUUACCAAUGCUCAAAGAAUCAUUGACACCAAGAGGGCCAUCAGUAAAACGACAGCGACGAACAACAACAAGACAAAUCGAAAUUAUUGACGUAGUAGCACCAAAUAGAACACCUAUUGGUCUUUAUCAACCGAAUUAUAUACCACGUACACUUCAUUUUUACAAUCAACAUCGUCUCUCAAUUUUACCAACAUUUCCAAGUAGAGAUAAUAAUGACGCAGAUAAUCCAUCUUUGCUAUUGAGAUAA